UAGUCACAUGGCAGUAAUAGCUGUUAUCCGAUUGGCUGCUGAUAAGCAGUAAUGUGAUUGGUAGCGGCGGGCUGUCAUCUGAUUGGCUGCUCUUGUCUCCGCCUUCCACAGUACAGGACUCCGUUGCCCUGGAGAUUGGAAACAGCCCAGAACGGAAUAACAAUAGUGAAGCCGAGAAGUAACGUGAUCCGGGGCCGAGCGCGGUGAUGUGACCGGAGGAGGACGGGACACUGCGGAGGCGCAGGCUACAGGUAGGUGUGGACUCAUCAUGGAGAACUAUGAGAAGAUUUUGACAAUUGGGCGAGGUGCCACAGCUGAAGUGUUCCUAAUGAGAAAUAUGGAGACCAAGAAGACGUAUGCUGUGAAGAAGAUUAAAGUAGAUGCCUCCAAGCGAAUGAGGACCAAGGAGUGUGUUUUACAGGAAGCAACUAUCUUACGUAAACUUAUACACCCAAAUGUUGUAGUGUGCCACGAAUACUUCUGUGACCCAGAGGAUGAACAUGUUUUUAUUGUCCAGGACUAUUGUGAUGGAGGGACAUUGGAUGAUCACAUCAAACUGAGGAAAGGCGUUUUCUUCUCCGAAGACGUUGUCAUGGACUGGUUUAUUCAGUUGACUAUGGCCAUUCAGUACAUCCAUUCCAUGAAAAUCCUCCACAGAGAUAUCAAGACUUCAAAUGUCUUCUUAACUAAAAAGGGCAUGAUUCGACUUGGAGAUUUUGGUAUAUCCAAGGUAAUGAACAGCACCUUUGAUAUGGCAAGUACUUGUGUGGGAACACCGUAUUACCUCAGUCCAGAGCUGUGUCAGGAUAUUCCAUACAGCUCCAAAUCAGACAUUUGGGCCCUGGGGUGUGUGCUGUAUGAAAUUUGCGCCCUGAAGCCCGCCUUCGAUGCAACCAAUUUAAUAAGUCUGUUUUACAAAAUUGUCACAGGGAACCAUCAGCCACUGCCAGACUGCUACUCUGCCGAUUUACACUUGUUGGUUAAAACUGUUUUAGACAAGUGUCCAGAAUCAAGACCUAGUGCAAACAGCAUACUCAGCUUAGGUUUUGUUCAGGAACAUUUAAAACAGUUUAUCAAAAAACAUGAAUCUCACCUUUACAAACAGAACUUGGAAAAGAAGGAUAAUAGAGAGGUCUGUCCUAAGGAAAGUCGGAGUAAAACUUCUAUGGCUUGUUAUGGAAUGAACAAAGAGGAGUCUCGCUGUAAAUCUGCGCCACCAACGUCCUAUAAACCAGAUGUUGGCUCUUGUGAAUUGUGGGAUCCUGAUGAAUUUUCAAGUACCGGUGAUAGAUCGGAUUACUCUGAGGACUUUGACAAAGACAGUAUUUCUUCUAUAGAAGAGGAUCUUGAGGGAGAUACAAGUCUGCUGCACCAGAAUGAUGACAUUCCAGAAGAGAUUGGUUCCGGUGAUGAAGAAGCGCCAGAUUACCCUGAUGAUUUUGAGGAGGUGGAAGGAAACACUCUAGAGAUGGUUGUCAGUCAUGCCAGGUCUGCUAUGGAUGUCUCUGCCGAUAAUGAAACCUUCCAAGAUGGAGAUGCACACUCAUUGACAGAAACACUCAAAACACUACGUCAGCAGUACAUAGGGGACGUUGGGCAGACUCUAUACAAUGAAAUCUCCAACCAUUUCCUGAAGGGCUUAACACCAGAAGACCUCCAGCCGCAGUUUGAGCAUAGAAUCGGCCCAGAAAGACUUGAAACGUGCUAUAUUCUCUUCAAUAUGAACCAGGAUUCCUCUAAAGAGACAUCGGAAAGUUAACCACAGAUUCACUGUGAGGAUAUCAGAACCCAGAAAGCUCCAUUCUAAGGAGCCAUCAUAACGGACCCUGUCUGCUUAUUACAUUGGGUCUUCAGUUUUCAGUAUGCAGAGUCCUUCCUGAAGAUUGAGGUUAUACAUAUCCUUGAACACUAUAUGGUUAUUUCAUCAAUUAACAUGUUCUGCAUAAUUGCCUUAAAGGGGUUAUCCAGUAAAAAACUUUUUUUAAUAUUUCAACUGGCUCCAGAAAGUUAAACAG